AUGGCUGCAUCCGAGCCACCAGAACCACCACCGCGUAAUCCGGAACGCAUUAAUGCCACACUACACAAGUUGGCCGAAUCAAAAAAUAUCAAGUCAUUAGAUUCCAGUGCACUCAAUGACAAAACCGUCAAUAAUAAUAAACCUUUGAAAACGAUAUUGUCAUUGGAUAAUACAACAACAACAGCAGCAGCGGCAGUAGCAGGAAACGCGCAAACAGUGUCUGUGGCAGCCACAACGAUAGUAACAAGUACGACAACGACAGCUGGCGCGGCAUUCGUUGCAACAACAUCUGUGGCAUCUUCAACGACAACUACAACUACGGUUGGUGGAACAAACAAAUUUGCUGCCAGCUCCAAUAACGCCCAAUCACCCUCAUCGGCCACAGCAGCCGCCUCACAACAACAACAACAACAGCCACCACCACACAAUGAUUUAACACCGAGUGGUGAAAGCAUCACAUCGCCUUUAAGCUCAAAUGGUAGCAGCCAUACUCUAACAUCACCAAUGACUAUUGAUAAUCAGCAACAACAACAACAGCAGCAACAUCGUCUCAAUUUUCCCUAUCCUCCUGCGAAAGGUAAUAACAGCAGCAGCAAUAAUAGCAACAGUUGUGGUGGUGGUGGUACAGAUACCACUACAGCUAUACCACACCAUAUGACCCAACAAUUGAAUGGUGGCAGCCAGCGUAGUGGCGUUGGUGGCCUUCUAAACGAACAACAACAGCAGCAGCAACAACAACAGAAUCAUCAUCUAGCCAAUGGCAGUACCAGUAGUGGAGGUAGUGUCAGUGCCGGUUCGGCAUCAUCGACCAACAGCAAUCACAGUAACACAAGUCUGAAUGCUGCCAACGUUUACAAUUCCAAUAACAUUAACAGCAACAAUUCACCAGCAUCGGGAUCAAAUAUUCAUCCAACAUUAG